AUAUACUUUAAUCGUGGUCUGACGAUAGGAUACGAGUACCAAAACAAACAUACAACCACAAUACAACUGUUAUCACUCGAUAUUACGAUAAUGAUAACAAAUAACUACAGAAAUUAUUUGAUUAGAUAAUACAGAUUCAUACGUUUCGGAUUCAAGUUAAAACUUUUAACUAUUUAAAUUUAGACUUUCAAAUAAACAAUAUUAAUGAUUAAAUAUUUCUGUACUUAUAUCGCUAAUAAAGCUGUAACAGUUAAAACUACUAAAACACUUGUAAUUAACCUAUUACUUUACGAGUACAUAAUUUUCACCUUGGUGAUUUCAUUUUUUUUCGUCCUAAAUAGCUCAACGUAAAUUUUUAGAUUAUCAUUUUGUCUACUUAAUAUAUGCAAGAUUAAGAUACAAUAAGAUCAUAAUAUUGUAGCAUUAGUAACAACAUGGAUAAAAACAAUGUUGACGUUGGACAUGAAACAUCCGUGCACUGGUUCAGGAAAGGUAUGCGUUUGCACGAUAACCCGGCAUUUAGGCUAUCGUUCGAAGCGAAAAAUAACAGCGGUGCGAACCGUUGGAGGUUCUUGCAGCAAAGUCUGGUGGACUUGGACACUACACUACGGAAACUGGGCACACGGCUUUAUGUUAUCAGAGGGUUGCCACACGAAGUCUUUCCAGACUUGUUUGCUAAAUGGAAUGUAAAACUGUUGACAUUUGAGUUGGAUACUGAGCCGUAUGCUCGUGAGAGGGAUAAUCAAGUGGAACAACUGGCCAGAAAACAUGGUGUCAAAGUAGAACAAAAGGUCUCACAUACUAUUUAUAACACGGAACUUGUGCUCAGGGCAAAUGGAGGUUGCGUUCCAAUGACUUACCAGAAGUUUAUAUCUGUUGUUGACUCUAUGCCAAAUCCUCGUCAACCAAUACCUGCACCGCAUACAUUGCCUUCUGAGUGUCUACUUAAUGAUGACUUAAACAACCAAGAGUUUGAUGUGCCAACAUUAGAAGAAUUAUUAACGUUGAAGGGUUUCAACCCUGCAGAACUUAAACCAUGUUUAUAUCCUGGUGGUGAAAAAGAAGCUCUUAGACGUUUGGAAGAAUAUAUGAAAAAUAAGACAUGGGUUUGUAAAUUUGAAAAACCAAAUACAUCACCAAAUAGCCUGAAACCCAGCACCACUGUAUUAAGUCCAUACAUGAAAUUUGGGUGUUUAUCAGCAAGUCAUUUUUAUUAUAGAUUAAAAGAAGUUAUUGGUAAUAGCCCUCAUUCCAAACCACCUGUGUCUCUGAUUGGUCAGUUGUAUUGGAGAGAGUUCUAUUAUACUGUUGGUGCUUCAACUCCCAAUUUUGAUAAAAUGGAAGGAAAUUCAAUUUGUUGUCAAGUGCCGUGGGACAACAAUCCUGAUGCGUUAGAAGCCUGGACAAAUGGUAAGACAGGAUAUCCAUUUAUUGAUGCCAUUAUGAGACAAUUGAGAGAUGAAGGGUGGAUACAUCAUUUAGCCAGACACGCUGUUGCAUGUUUUUUAACUCGAGGAGACUUGUGGAUAUCUUGGGAAAAGGGUUUAGCUGUAUUUGAAGAAUUAUUACUUGAUGCAGAUUGGUCAAUGAAUGCUGGCAAUUGGAUGUGGUUGUCAGCAUCAGCAUUUUUCCAUCAAUUUUUUAGAGUCUAUAGUCCAGUUGCAUUUGGAAAAAAGACAGAUAAGAGUGGUGAUUACAUCAGAAAAUAUAUUCCAGAAUUGAUUAAGUAUCCAGAUCAGUAUAUAUAUGAACCAUGGUUGGCACCCAAGUCCAUUCAAGAAAGAGCUGGUUGUGUGGUUGGAGUACAUUAUCCAAAACGAAUAGUAGUGCAUGAAGAUGUUUACAAAAAUAAUAUUACAAAAAUGUCAUUGGCUUAUAAGAGUAGCAAAGCUGGCAAAAGUUCUUCUAGUACUAAAACAUCUAGAGAUAAAUCAUUUCCUGAUAAAAAAAACAUAAAAAAGGCUAAAUUAAAAUGAUUAUUUUAUUUUGUUAUCAAUUUGUUUUGAAUGAA